CUCGGUCGCGGCGGGUCGUCCAAGGUGUACCGAGUCAUGAGCGCGAGCAACGAGCUCUUUGCGCUCAAGCGGGUCGACACGCGCAACGACGCCGAGUCGCGAGCGAGCUUCAUCAACGAGAUCACGCUCCUGCGCAAGCUCAUCGGCAAGCCCGAGAUCAUCCAGCUCGUCGACUCGGAGAUCCAGGGCAAGUAUGUCAUCAUGGUCAUGGAGGCGGGCGAGACGGACCUCAACACGCUCCUCGCGAGCCACGCCGGCAAGCCCGUCAGCCUCAACUUCAUUCGCUACAUCUGGGAGCAGAUGCUCUCGGCGGUCCAGGUCAUCCACGACGAGGCCGUCGUCCACAGCGACCUCAAGCCGGCCAACUUUGUCCUCGUCAAGGGCCGCCUCAAGCUCAUCGACUUUGGCAUCUCCAAGGCCAUCGCGGCCGACACGACCAACAUCGGGCGCGACCAGCAGAUCGGCACGGCCAACUACAUGCCGCCCGAGGCGCUCAACGACACCGGGCUCGGCCAGGGCGGCAAGAGGCUCAUGAAGCUCGGCCGCGCCGCCGACGUGUGGUCGCUCGGCUGCAUCCUGUACCAGAUGGUGUACGGCGGCGCGCCCUUCUCGCACCUGCGCGACAUCGGCCUCAAGGUCGCCGCCAUCUCGAACCCUCGACACCGCAUCGCCUUCCCCGACCACGCCGUCCCGACAGGUCGUCGCGGCGAGCAGCUCACCGAGCACCGGUUCAAGGUCGGGCCCGACCUGCUCGACACGCUCAAGAGCUGCCUGCGGUACGAGCCCAAGGAGCGAGCGGCCAUCCCGGAGCUCCUGCAGCAGCCGUUCCUGCGGCGGUCGGGCGACGAGGCGACGCCAGGUGCGCACCCGCUCCCUCCUUCCUCUCCUCGAGCCCGUGACUGA